AUGACCGGGGCCGAGGCGAUGUCCCGCCGCGGUUUCCAGGUUGUUGUCGCAGCAACGAGGCAGAUGGGCAUCGGUUUGAAGGGAGCGCUCCCGUGGAAACUGCCAGGCGACAUGCGUUACUUCAAGGAGCUCACGAUGAAGACGUCUCACCACACGCUGAAGAAUGCCGUCAUCAUGGGCCGCAUGACCUGGGAGUCGAUACCGGAGCGCUUCCGCCCGCUUGCUGGCCGUAUCAACAUCGUUCUGACGCGCAACCCGGACGAGCUGCCCCCUAGUCUAGCGGGCGCGUGCAGCUCCGGCGCCGCGCGCGUCGCCGCGUCGCUGGACGCCGCCCUGGAGAGCCUCACGGGCCCCGAGGGGAGCGCGGUGGAGCACGUCUUCGUGAUCGGCGGCGGGCAGGUGUACGAGGACGCGAUCCGCCACCCGUCGCUCGAGGCGGUCCACCUCACGCAGGUGGACACGGACUACGAGUGCGACACGCACUUUCCCGCGCUGGCCGACCACCCCACGCUGCGGCUCUGGUCGGCGUCCGCGCCCCGCCGCGACGGCGACGCGCGGUACCACUUCCUGGUGUACACGCACCACGACGCGCCCGCGCCCGUCGCGCUGCCCCCCGCGACGGCCUCCCGCCACGAGGAGUACCAGUACCUCGACAUGAUCCGCGAGGUGAUCGACCAGGGCGCGCACCGGCCGGACCGCACGGGCACGGGCACGCUCUCCGUGUUCGGGCGGCAGAUGCGCUUCAACCUGCGGCACUCCUUCCCGCUCCUCACCACCAAGCGCGUGUUCUGGCGCGGGCUGGCCGAGGAGCUGCUCUGGUUCGUGGCCGGGGAGACGAACGCGAAGAAGCUCGCCGACAAGGGCGUCCACAUCUGGGACGGCAACGGGUCGAAGGAGUUCCUCGCCAACAUCGGCCUCGGGCACCGCGAGGAGGGCGACCUCGGCCCGGUGUACGGGUUCCAGUGGCGGCACUUCAACGCGCCCUACAGCGACUGCCACGCGGACUACAGCGGGCAGGGCGUGGACCAGCUGGCGCAGGCGAUCCAGCGCAUCAAGGACAACCCGACGGACCGCCGCCUCGUGGUGUCGGCGUGGAACCCCGUGGCGCUCCCGGAGAUGGCCCUCCCGCCGUGCCACAUGUUCUUCCAGUUCUACGUGGCCGACGGGGAGCUGUCGUGCCAGAUGUACCAGCGGUCGUGCGACCUGGGCCUGGGCGUGCCGUUCAACAUCGCGAGCUACGCGCUCCUGACGCGCAUGGUCGCCCAGGUGUGCGGCCUGGCCCCCGGGGACUUCGUGCACGUCCUGGGCGACGCGCACGUGUACGACAACCACGUCGAGCCUCUCAAGGAGCAGCUCAAGGCGCACCCGAAGCACUUCCCCCAGCUCCGCAUCAACAGCGACGCCACCGACAUCGACGGGUUCAAGUUCGACGAGUUCGAGCUCAGGGAGUACCGGUGCGGGAAGAAGAUCGCCAUGAAGAUGGCCGUCUGA